AUGAUGGGAAUAGCCAAUGUAAGUUCUCCAGAAGUCUUUGUACUCCUGGGCUUCUCUGCACGACCCUCCCUAGAAUCCAUCCUCUUCAUCAUUGUCUUAGGGUUUUACGUGGUGUCUAUCUUGGGCAAUGGCAUCAUCAUUCUGGUUUCCUGCAUGGAUGUGCACCUCCACACGCCUAUGUACUUCUUUCUUGCUAACCUCUCCUUCCUUGACAUUAGCUUUACCACAAGCAUUGUCCCACAACUUCUGGUCAACCUCUGGGGACCACAGAAAACCAUAAGCUACGGAGGGUGUGUGGUCCAAUUCUAUAUCUCCCACUGGCUGGGAGCGACUGAAUGUGUCUUCUUGGCAGUCAUGUCCUACGACCGCUAUGCUGCCAUCUGUAGGCCACUUAAUUACACCAUCAUCAUGCAUCCACAGCUUUGCCUCAGCUUGGCCCUCGCCUCAUGGCUUGGGGGUCUGACCACCAGCAUGGUGGGCUCCACACUCACUAUGCUCCUGCCGCUCUGUGGGAACAAUCGCAUUGAUCACUUCUUCUGUGAGAUGCCCCUCAUUAUGCAAUUGACUUGCGUGGACACCAGCCUCAAUGAGGUGGAGAUGUAUGUGGCCAGCUUUAUCUUUGUUGUCUUGCCCCUGGGUCUCAUCCUGGUCUCAUAUGGCCACAUUGCCUGGGCUGUGAUGAAGAUCAGGUCAGCAGAAGGACGGAGAAAGGCCUUCAACACUUGCUCCUCCCAUGUGGCAGUUGUGGCUCUAUUCUAUGGGAGCAUCAUCUUUAUGUAUCUCCAGCCAGCCAAGAGUAACUCCCAUGAACAGGGCAAGUUCAUAGCCCUCUUCUACACUGUGAUCACCCCGAUGCUGAAUCCCUUGAUUUACACGCUCAGGAACAAGGAUGUGAAGACGGCUCUCAGGCACAUUGUGUUAGAGAAGUGCUGUGGCUUUGCAGGGCCAUGGGGGCAUAUUUAGACACUUUAGUAACUAGUGAGGAGAAA